CGCAUCAUCUUCAUUUUAUUAGUUGUUCCAUUUGUGCCCUGCUAUAAAUUGGAAGAACCAUCCAAUUUCGCUUUCAAUUCAUUGUGUGAACUUGGCUGGUGAUAUUCAGAAGAAAAGAGUUGAAGAAAUUACGAUGAACGCGUUUAUUUUAUGUUUUGUGACUUUGUUUGUCACAGCAUCUGCUCAACAAAAAUGUCCUGAAAAUAGCAAUGGUAUUUAUCCAUCAUGCAAAUGUUUAAACGGUGCUGUUUUUGAUGUUAAUUACAAUUGGUGUGCAUCAAAUUUAAAAGAAUUGGGCGGGCAGUGUCCUCAAGAUGGACCUGGUAUCUAUCCAAACUGUAACUGUGGUGUUGGAAAAAAAUUCGAUGUAGAGAAACAACUUUGCACUGCAAUAGACCGCAAUGUUUGCCCGAAAGGAUCAUAUGGUGAUGCCCCACACUGCCAAUGCCCGCCAACAUUUGCUUUUGAUGAAAUUCAUUGGUUCUGCCGACCAUGGUAUUUGAGCACAACAGCUGCACCUAAAGUUUACACACCACCACCACCAUCAUGCGGUGCCUAUCAAUACGGAACAUAUCCAGAUUGUCACUACAGACCUUGUCCAAAACACUCGCUCAAUCCAGAAGAAUUCGAACCUCACUGCAAAUACAAUUACACACACCAUGUAUACACACCAUGUCCACAAGGACAAGUCGGCUCUCCACCAAAUUGUUACACACCAUGUCCAGCACAUCAUCGUGGAAGAUAUCCAAAUUGUGAAAGAAUUAGAUGCCAAACCGGAGAAGGUUGGACCGGAGAAUUUGAACCAGAUUGCCGAUACACACCAUCAUGUCCACCAGAAUUUCCUGGAGUAUGGCCAAACUGUGACAUUUACAAAGCUAAAGUGAGUACUCAAAAACCAUUCACAACACCACAAGUUCAUGAUGAUUAUAAACCAGGACAAACGGUCCCAAAUAAGCCUGUAACACCACCGGCUCCAAAUAAGCCCACACCACCAACGGCUACAAAUAAACCUCGCUCACCUGCAACAUACCUGCCACCAACCACCACAACAACCUCAACAACAACAAGAAAGCCAUCGACUACCGCACCCACAUAUUUACCUCCAGGUCGAUUUUAAAAAAACAUUUACAUCCACAGCCAAUUUGUUUUAGAAUCCAAUCGUAAUAUCAACGAUGUAAAUUUAAUAUAAAAUAAAUUCUGUGAAUAUGCCAACAAAAA